AUGCCUGGAGAAAAUUGCUCUGUGCUGACUGAGUUCAUUCUCUUGGGUUUCACCGACCGUCCGGAGUUGGAGAUACUUUUGUUUGGGCUCUUCCUGCUCAUCUACACCACCACUUUGGUGGGGAAUGUUGGCCUCAUUGUGCUCGUCCAGGUCAAUGCUUGCCUCCAUACCCCCAUGUACUAUUUCCUAAGCAAUUUAUCUUUCUUAGACCUUAGCUGUUCAUCUGCCAUUGCUCCCAAGAUGCUGGUGAAUCUGUUAGCACAGCAGAAGACCAUUUCUUUAAUUGGCUGUGCCACGCAGAUGUUUCUCUUUGCUGCCUUUGCUGAUGCUGAGUGUCUCAUUUUGGCUGCCAUGGCUUAUGACCGCUACGUGGCCAUUUGUCAUCCUCUUCUCUACACCAUUGCCAUGUCCCACAGGGUCUGCACCUCCUUGGUAGCUGGGGCUUAUCUCAGUGUGGCUCUGACCUCGCUGGUGCACACAUCUUUCACAUUCACAUUGUCCUUCUGUGGCUCCAACGUGAUCAACCAUUUCUUCUGUGAUAUUCCCCCGUUGCUGGACAUCUCCUGCUCUGAUACACACAUCAACCAGCUCCUCCUCUUCACCCUCUGUGGCUUUAUACAAACCAGCACCUUCCUGGCCAUUGUGGUCUCCUACACCUGCAUCCUCAGCACCAUCCUCCAGAUCCGUGCUGCAGAGAGCAGGCACAAAACCUUCUACACCUGCACCUCCCAUCUGACAGCCGUCGGGUUAUUCUACGGCUCCCUCCUCUUCACAUACUUACGUCCCAGCUCCAGCUACUCACUGGACACAGACAAAGUGAUCUCUGCAUUUUAUACUGUCAUCAUUCCCAUGCUGAACCCCCUGAUCUACAGCCUGAGGAACAAAGAGGUGAAGGAUGCCCUAAGGAGGACAGUAGAGAGAAGAGUGUUUUCUCAGUGA